AAGUCAGAAUUCUACCUCUCUUCUUUAUUUUUUAGUGACCCUAUCCUCUUCUGUAGAAAUAUAUUUUAGAAAAAAAAAUCAAUUUUAAUAAAUUGGUGCAAAUAAAAAGAUUAGGACGUAGAACUAGAAAUAGCCCGAUUAUCUAAUUGGGGUUUGAUCCAAUUUAUUCUCAACUGUAAUAAUUCAUUAUGUGUUAUUAAAAUUGUACUUACUUAUUUUUAUUCAUGUCUGUAUUCUCAUAGAAAAUGCAACUUUCAAAACUUGUGCACGCAAUUCAAGCUUCAGAGCCUGGUUGGAUCAAUAAAGUAGCCAAUAAAUUAAAUGCUGUUCUUGGUCAAUACGUCAAUUUGACAGAUUUAAAGAAACGUUCUCGUGCUGGCGGCACACACUGGUUUGGGAGCUGUAUAGAACUUUUACUAUGUGGAAUAAUCACUUGAUUUUCUCUUCAAGCAGAGUUUGUGUGGAAUUUAUUGCAGAGGAUUUUCAGACCACAGGAGUUCUUAUAUUUGUUAGGAGAGAGUGUGACAUCCCUAAAUGUAGUUAUAAACAGGAAACAUAAGAAAAAAGUUAUUUUAGGAGACAUUUUAAAUGAGAUAGUUGCACUUUUAAGAUGAUUAUGGUAGAAAUGAUCAUUUGUGUGAAAUAUUUCAAUUUGUUUUUAUCUGCUGCAGGUUAGCAAACAUAAAUGGUUUUAUUAAAGUAAUUUUCUUUUUUGCUACUUCAUUUGCCAAAUUUUAGCAUUUUUUUCCUCUUUGGAACCGAAAUAAUUUUGUAAAGAUCAACACAUUUAAUAAAUAAGGUUCGAUCUUAAUGAUACCACUUUUUAUUCACAAGGUUAAAGCGCCAAACAUAUAAAUACAAUAGAGGUUACUGGAGCCAGCAGUGUGAUCGUGGAGGUGGGGAACGUACUCCAACAGAAGCCCCAGGCAGAACAUUUUCAUUUUGCAGGUUGAGCGGGAAAAUCUCAUUAGCAUUCAUGAGGAAAGUGUCACCUGACUGGCUGCAAAUUACACGGGAGGAGUUAGAUUCAUUGUGGAUCUAAGAUGGUAGUGGGGUAUCAGAGUGUCCAUGAAUGUUCAUCCACUGGUGUCUUUGUUCUGGGACAAUACGCUGUUCUAUCACCAACCCGAUGGUCAGAAUCCCUCCAAUGGCACCAUGGAGGACAAAUCCAGCCACUAUGACAUUGGCGAGCUAGCUACGUCCACUCUGAUGGGCCUGGUGGCCACAAUAAAGGAGCACAUCACCAAGCCGACGGCGAUGGCCCAGGGGCGAGUGGCUCACCUGAUCGAGUGGAAGGGUUGGGGUGGAUGUGGCGAGGGAGGUGGAGGAUGGAGCGGUGGUUGGAGUAAAGGAGGUGGAGGCUGGGGCGGGGUGGGGGCCGAGCUGCAAGAGGAUGAACAGUUUUACUCCCAAAUGACGGAUGAAAUCAAGGAAGCUCGCUUUGCAGCAGGUGUGGCAGAGCAGUUCGCCCUGGCCGAGGCAGCGAUGGACGUUUGGUCCAUGAGUGAUAACUUUGAGCAGCCGUCCACCAGCUUACAAGCUCCUCAGAGCAACUUCCUGUCCAAGUAUCUGCUUGACGGAGGAAGCGUUGGUGUUCCUCAGCACCUGUACAGCAUUCCCACCCAGACUUAUGGAGACAGUUACCCAUCCAGCCUGGUGCAUCCACCACCGGUCACCUCAGUGUCCCCGAUAUGCAACACCCAGCAGGACUCGGAUCACCCAUUUGAAGACAGAGGCACAGAGACAGCAAAGGCUGAUGUGCGACAUGUUGACAGCAGCUCGCUGUCAGAGGAUGAUGUUUUUUACAACUAGAACUCAAAAAACAAAAGAGACAGGAAUCGUUUCCGAAAUAAGACUCAACGAGGCGACUUUCAGUCUCAACCACCAGCAAUGACUGAUGCUGAAAAGUAAAGAAACCUGACGGAUGUUUCAAGAAGCAUCUCUUGAAAAUUAUUUUCUGGGAAGUUUAAAAGGCAAAAAGACUCAAAAAAGUUUUUUUUUCCUUUGGUUAUGCCAAAGCUUUUGUGAAUGUACAGUCUAAAUGUUAUAGUCUAAUUUUCUAUCCAACACAGAGCUGGGCUGUAGCUGAAGGUCUAAAUAUCUUGUUAUAAAGCAUCGGUUUUAAAACAUGGGCUGCAAAA